CUACUUACUGCGCCUGUCGACACCGUGUCUGAUACCUUGCUCUAUAUUAGAAACAGCUUUAGUUCGAGAGCACUUGGUGGACACUUUUGACCACAAUUGUUCAAUGACUCAGACGUGCAUGUGAUAGGUAGACUCAAUAAAUCUUACCCCCCUCCACCCCCCCAAUUCAAAGCAGCGCAGAGAUUGAAGUGAGUGUGCCAAUAAUGAACUGAACUGUCAAAACGGCUCUUCUUCAAUAACCAGUAUUACUUGUGUCUGGGCUCACGGAAGAGCCCACGAACUCUCUCUGCAAGGGCAAAGCAGGCAGUCGGGGAGCAUUCCAGAGCCUCAGUGAAAUGGACUUCCCCGGUGCCCGGUAAAUUACACCGAGCCAGUGACGUGGAACCUCACAGAAUUGCAACUCGCCUGCAAAACAACGCCGGACUUACUGGGAGGUGGGGAGCGAACACGGAGCUGCAGGAAAAUGUAUUGUCUGGGAUUUGGGAAUGACAGAACCGGCUACAAGGGACACUGAGCGGCGAAAACCAUGAGCACAGCGGAGGUGAUCCUAUCGCUCUUCCUGGGAAUUUUGAUGAUUGUGUCGUUGCUGUCCAAUGUCUUGGUGCUGAUCUGUUUUCUGUACAGCGCUGAAAUCCGGAAACAGGUCCCUGGGAUGUUCAUCAUUAAUUUGACACUCAGUAACUUGUUGACGACUGUGCUGAACAUGCCAUUAACUUUAGUGGGGAUCAUCAACAAGGAGCAGCCAGCAGCCGACUCCGUCUGCCGACUCGUAGGCUUCCUGGAGACUUUUCUGAUAACCAAUUCCAUGCUGAGCAUGGCUGCUCUAAGUACUGACAGAUGGAUUGCGGUGGUUUUUCCAUUAAGUUACAAUUCUAAGAUGCGUUACAAGGACGCUGCCAUCAUGCUGGGUUACACGUGGUUUCACUCUCUGUCCUUUCCUAUUGUGGCAAUCUGUCUAUCCUGGGUCGGUUACAGCCGCCUAUACGCCUCCUGUACUCUCUGCCAGACCCGAACUGACGAUCAGACCCAAUUUGUGGUUUUUACGGUAGUUUUUCACGCCCUCAGUUUUCUCCUUUCGUUAAUAGUGCUAUGUUUCACCUAUCUGAAAGUGCUGAAAGUGGCGCGAUUUCACUGCAAGAGGAUAGAUGUAAUCACCAUGCAAACGCUAGUGUUACUGGUGGACAUUCAUCCAAGUGUAAGACAACGUUGCCUGGAAGAACAGAAACGGCGAAGACAACGGGCAACAAAGAAGAUCAGUACUUUCAUCGGCACCUUUAUACUGUGCUUUGCGCCUUAUGUCAUUACAAGGCUGGUGGAGUUGGCUGUGUCAGCACCAAUCAAUCCAUACUGGGGAAUUCUUUCCAAAUGUUUGGCUUAUGGCAAGGCUGUUUCAGACCCCUUUGUAUACUCUCUGUUGCGUCAUCAGUACAAGAAGACAUGGAUGGACAUUAUUAAUAGACUGCUUAAGCGAAGCUCCUUAAACUCCUCGGCACUAACAGGUGAAACACCAAACAACAAUUUUGUACAAACAACUGAGUGAAAUAAACUUUGCAAACAAAAUAGUUUGACAGAUUUGUGCAUUGGGAUUUUUAUUGGAAUAUGUGCCCUAUGGAACUUUUGACUUUAUUCUGCCUUCUAACAUUUUAGACAAUUAUUUUGGUUAAUAUUGAAACAAAAAUUCUCACAGCUCACUUUUGUAAUUAAGAUUGAUAUUUGGCUCUUUUCUCAGGUGGACCUGGAUGAGUAGUGUGUACUUUCAGUGAGGUCCUGUAGACUCACCAGUAAAGUCACCCUGUAACUUCUAUGGGAAGGUGUAGGAUUACCAGAACUAAAAAUAACACUAACUAAAACAUGUUAAUUAGACAAAAAGUAUUAAUUGUCAACCAAAUGAGAGGUGUUAUUUAAAAUUCAACCUCAACUAAUUCUGAUAUCAAUAACAAUCACUGAUUGUGCUUCUUUUAUUUAAUUCAAAGCUGUAACCAUAUGAGUCAUCAAAUGCAAAUGACAUGGAGAACUAUUAUUAGAGAAAUAAAAAAAAACAGAAAAUGCUAGAAAUGCAGGCUUGCCAGCAUUUGUGGAGAUAGAAAGAGUAAAUGUUUCAAGUUGAUGAUCUUUCUCUGCAGAUGCUGCCAGGCCUACUGAAUAUUUCCAGCAUUUUCCAUUUUUAUUUUAGAUGUCCAGCAUCAGCGGUAUAUUGUUUUUCCAAUAUUUGAGAAAAUUAUAUCAGGAAUAAUUUCCUUCAAUCUCAUUAUUUCAGGAAUGAAUACUAGCCUUUAUUCACAUCAUCAUCUCAAGUUUUUUAUCUUUCUUAGCAUCCAUAUUAUCUUUUUGUUUUAACGUUGUUUUCUCUCAGAGGACAUGUUGAAUAUUUUCAGGUAUCACAUUGGAGUUAGUCUCGAAAGGCUAAUAUGAAUUAGUGCCAUUCUUUGUACCUUGACUAAUACUGAAAUAUGUAAAGGACAUUUCUGUAAAUGUCUAAUUUUCCUUAACGAAACAGAAAGAAGGAAUUAAAGAAGCUUUUAAUAUAGAAAACAUUAAUAUUCAAUAUCAAUUAUAUGGAUAAGCCUAUAAUUAAAGUUUUGACUUGAGUGCAAGUCACUUCAGAAAUAAAUUUUCUGGUGAACCAUCUGCUAACUGAUUGGCUUACCUUUCAAUUUAACUGCUGCUCCUGUUGUAUCUGAAUGUUCACAGAAAUGUGUCCAUUACAAUUCCUGUCUGAAUGGCAUGUCAGUCAAUCAAUCUGGUGUUGUUAAGCAAUGGUGACAUUCUGUUAUAGAUUACAAAGUCGUUCAAAAAGAGUUAUACAUACCGUAAUCAUGAAUUUUCAAACUAAGCAGUGUGAUGGAUAUUAGCAGCUUUCCAGCCAGUCCACUGUGAGAUGUAAAAGUGGAAAUGAACAACUUAAAUCAGGCAAUCCAUCAUUCACAAUGAUGGAUAAGCUUUUGACUACACCAUGAUUUUCUUGUGAAAAACAUUUGUUCUGUUACCUUUCUUGAAGAGUUCAAGCUCCAAAGUGAAAUUAAUUGUUAUGCUAAGGCUCAUAAACGCCGCACUUGAAACAAUCCACAAUUAAUGUAAGAAAUCAUUGAAAGCAAGUCAAUGUUUAAAUCUCAUGUAAAGUGUAUAUUAUUGACUUUAU